AUGAAGAUCCAGCUUCUGGUCUCUACAGGGAUCCUGCUGGUCGCGCUCUUGCCUUGCCAUGAGUGCAGAGCCCUCAGCAAGAGCAUCCCACCCGCCGACAGCGCUCCGCAACAGCCAGAUCUCUUCCAAGCACCGUCACAGUCGCUGCCCGUCUUGCUCCGCAUGGGAGAAGGGUAUUUCUUGCGCCUGGGCAACCUUCACAAGAACCCCGCUGCCUCUUCCCCCUUCCCUUCCUCCUCCGGCGCCGGCAGCAGCAGCCACCUAGCAGAGUCUGCGUCCGCCGGCAACUUUUUCCGAGCAGCUGUCCAACAGCUGCAGCAGCUGCCGCCUCUGCAGGAGCGCUCGCUAGAGGGCGCUGCCGAACCCUGGGAAGGCGAAGGCGACGGCGCCCACCUGGAGGCCUGGGAGAGGGAAAAGCGCUCCGAGGAGCCGCCGAUCUCCCUGGAUCUGACUUUCCAUCUCCUGCGAGAAGUCCUGGAGAUGGCCCGAGCGGAGCAGCUGGCGCAGCAGGCUCACAGCAACAGGAAACUGAUGGAAAUUAUCGGGAAAUGA